CUGAGGGACCAGACUCCACUCGCUAGACAGCAGGGUCAACUGCCCAGGACCCUGAGCCCCACCCUGGACUGACAGACGGACAGCUAAGCAGAUGUCCCGAGGAUGGCUGACCACUCUCCUGGGGCUGCUGAGUGCGGCCUGGCUGCCCCCAGGCUCAGGGAGGCCUGGACCCCCAGCUCCCCCGGGGCCAGCCUUUGCCCUUGGCAGCUGGAAGGCCUUCCUGGGCCUGCAGAAACCCUGGAGGCUGGGGACAGAUGGGUUGCAGGAUGGGCAGGAGGUGGCCACCUCCGUGUCUUUGCCAUUGGACCCUAAAGAAGUGACCCAGGAAAUGUGUAAGGCUGUGCCCUUCAUUCAGGUGCUCUCUCGGCCUGGAUGCACUGCUGUCCGUGUCCGAAAUCACCUCUGCUUUGGCCGCUGCUCCUCCCUCUACAUCCCGGGCUCAGACCCCACCCCACUUGUCCUCUGCAACAGCUGCGUGCCCACUCGCCAGCACUGGACACCCGUGGUCCUGUGGUGUCGGCCGGGCAGCCCAGCCUCCUCCCCUCGGCGGGUGAAGGUGUCCACCAGGCUGGUGGAGGGCUGUCGGUGUGGACCAAAGCUAUGACGCAGCACUGUGACGGACACACAGAGACACGAAUCUCGGAGAGA